GCAGGAAACAUCCCUCUGUGGGAUCCAUCACUCGCUUCCCCAAGCUAGAUGACCUUCUACCCUGAGAUUUACCUCCUCCUCUGCAGCACAAGUGCCUCUAGACUGGAGAUGAGUUUGCUGUGAUGUUCCUAAAAGCCUCACUGAUGUAUUUCUCUGCCUCCCUUAGAAGUACCUGGGGGGCAAAUGAUCUUGGCCAAUAAACUGGAAAGCCCCUAUUGUACAACAUGCUCCUGGUACAGAGGAGUCCAUGGGACUGUGCUCCCAGAAAGCCCACAUAUCUCUGAUACCUUAAUUUCUCUUCUUUCUCCUGGAUUGUCUAAUCUUUAGUUUCUCAGGACGCCCACAUGCCCACUAUUGCCUUCAGAUGUCUGAAGAUGGUACUUUUUAAAUUACUUCUCUUCAGCAUCUUGACAGGCAGCCUGAGAUGAGCUGAUACAUUUGGAAUUAAUCACAAAGAAGAAAAAGAGAGCUUCAAAGCAAUGCAGAUCUGGCUGGAUAAUGAAGAAAUGAUUCCUAAGUGAGGUUUGCAGCAACCAGUAUGAAUGCUUUCCAAAUCAAUUAUUUGUGCAUAUUCUCCUUCUGUUCUUAACAGUAUGUCGGAUGCCUGCUCACUCAUCUGGAGUAUAAGCAGGAUCUAUCUGUAUGGUACAGAGGCUGCUCAGGUCCAACUGGGAUAAGGCCUAAAGCUUAGAUGCCUGAGGGAUACUAAUAUUAGCCUUAUGCCACUGUUUAGCCCAUCUUUUCAGCAGAGGCAUCUAAAGGUUGUGCCUGGAUGCUGUUCUAGGCCUGUAUCAGGUUGUGGAACCGGGGGAGGAUGUUAACAGAAACUAGAUAGAAAAUAAGUGAUUUAGGCAUGAAACUAUCUCCACCUUGUCCCCCUGAGGCUCUGGUCAGUGAGGAGGUGCUUGUGGCAUGGGUGAAAGUCUAGCUGGCAUGGAAAGAAUGAGCCCUGGCAAUCAUUCUCACUACUUUACCAAAGAUCAACAAAAACAACGCAGCUGUGGGCAUCAAGGAGACGUGCAAGCAGUUCAUCGCCCUCACUGGUGCAGAAGAAGGUGGCUGACACCGGGAGCCCUGCCUAGCUGCUUUCUUCAGGACUUUUUGGAGGCGCACUGGGAACAGCUAUUAAGCCAGGGUAAACAGAGAUGACUGCAUGCUCCGCCUGCCAGCAAAUCCCGUUGGCCGCCUUGCUGGCAUAGCGUGAUGGCUGGCGCUCAGGUAGGGCUCUCGGGAUCCUUCCCAGAGCCCCAGGUUCGGCCAGGCCCAGACUCCGACUCUGACUCCGACUCUGAGGACCCAGCCAUGGGCAGCGCGGGAACUGGCGCUGGCUUGCAGAACCCUUCUCAGGUCAUUCAUAGCGGCCACUUCAUGGUGUCGUCUCCGCACAGCGACUCGCUACCUCGGCGACGUCACCACCGCACUGAGCCCGAACCUGCUGAUCCCCGGAGCAUCGACCCGACCCUGACCCGGCUCUUUGAGUGCAUGAGUCUGGAGUACAGUGGGAAGCUGGUGUCUCCAAAGUGGAAGAAUUUCAAGGGGCUGCGGCUGCUUUGCUGGGAUAAAAUCCGUCUCAACAAUGCUAUCUGGAGAGCAUGGUACAUCCAGUAUGUGGAACGGAGGAAGAACCCUGUGUGUGGCUUCGUCACGCCCCUGGAGGGGUCAGAGGCCGACGAGCACCGAAAACCAGAGGCUGUCAUACUGGAAGGCAACUAUUGGAAGCGCCGCAUUGAGGUGGUGAUGAGGGAGUACCACAAGUGGAGGAUCUACUACAAGAAGCGGCUACGAAAGUCCAGCCGGGAGGGGGAGCUCUCCAGCCCAAAGCGGGAUGAGGAUGUAUGGAGGCCAACAGAGAAAUGGUGCAACCAGCUCUUCUGCAAUGUGGUGCCCAUGCUGCUUGGGGAUGAGGAAGAGGACCCUGGGGGUAGGCAGCACUUUGACUUGGACAGCUUCCUCUCAGACAUCUCUGACACCCUCUUCACCAUGACACAGACGCCUAGUGCCCACCAGGCGCUCCCAGAGGAUGCUUAUAUUGGGAAUGCUGAUAUGAUCCAACCGGACUUGGCACCCCUGCAGCCCAGCCUGGACGAUAUCAUGGAGAUCUCAGAUAUUUUCACUAGCCACCGGCCACUGCCUUCGCAGACGCAACUGGGCUACCAGGAGCCACCCUGCUUCAUGCCCAUGGCUGAGCCCCUGUACAGCAGCGGGGGUGCCCUGCCUGCCAGCCCUGCCAGUGCCCUGAUCGGGCCGAGGGGGCUGCCCGCCAGCCCCGAUGCCCCACUCCCGCCCAGCAGCCUCCUCCAGGCUGGCAGCACAUCCCAGCUCAGCCUCCACGGCGCCUUCCUCAGCUCCGAAUUCCCCCCGCCUCCACUGGCCUCCGACUUGCCUGGUGGGGCGCCUGGCAGCCUCAGCCCCGAACUCAAACACAAGCCCUUGCUCCAGUAUGCGUUCCCCAGCAAGUGCCUUGGCAUGGAGCCGUUCAGCCCCCCCUACUCCGCCCCGAGCCCGUCCCCCGGCACGCCGCUGCUGGGCCAGGAUCCCCACUACCCCCCUGCCUCUGUCCCACGCGCCAAGUUCCCCUACCCCAGCUCCCCCGGCUCCUCACUCAUCUCCCACUCAGCCUCUCCGCUCUCCACGCCGUGCUUUGCUCAGCAUGCCCCAGGCAUUGGCUACACCAUGGACCUGAUGCCUCCAGGAUACCCAGCCCUGGCCGGCCCCCAGCACCUGCCCCACAUGGUGCUGAACAGCCCCAGGUUUGCAAUGCCCAAAGGACUGUCCCAGAGUGAGGGCAGCCGGCCAAAAGCAAAACCCAGCAGCACCAAGGUGAAAAGACCCCAGGGGCCCCCCAUGCCACCACACUUGGCUGUGCCCAACCCCUGCCUGACCCAGCUGCUGACUACAGCCAAACAGGAGCCAGCCCUGGAUGCCCCGCGCACGCACACCGCUGGGCUCGUGCCCACAUCACCUGCCUCCCCGCAGCACAGCGGUGUCUCCGACGUCCCUUCUGCCUUCCUGCCCAGAAUGGCCCAGCUGAGCCCAGGACUGGCUCCUGGCUCCAGCCCCUCCCAGGCUGUGCUGGGCCCGCUGGUGGGCAGCCAGCCAGGCCCGCUGCUGGUCCCCAAGGUGGAGCGGCUUUCCCCCACGUUGGCCUGCGGCAGUGACUGGCCCAAGCCCAGCCAGACCUCCCCAGGACCCACCGGGGGGCUGAGCCCUGGCAUCUCACUGCACCACCAAGCUCCCCGCCGGGGCAGGCCUGAGUCCAGCAAGAUGGAGAGCCGUCGCAUCACGCAUAUCUCCGCUGAGCAGAAAAGACGUUUCAACAUCAAGCUGGGCUUCGACACACUGCACAGCCUGGUGAGCACGCUGAGCACCCAGCCCAGCAUCAAGGUCAGCAAGGCCACCACCUUGCAGAAGACAGCAGAAUACAUCUGCAAGCUGCAGCAGGAGCGGGCAGCUCUGCAGGAUGAGGCACAGCGGCUGCGGGAGCAGAUUGAGGAGCUCAACGGCUCGAUCAACCUGUGCCAGGAGCAGCUGCCCGCCACGGGGGUGCCCAUCACACGCCAGCGCUUUGACCAGAUGCGCAGCAUGUUCGACGAGUACGUCCGCUCCUCCACACUGCAGAACUGGAAGUUCUGGAUUUUUAGUAUCAUCAUCCGGCCCCUCUUCGAGUCUUUCAACGGCAUGGUCUCCACAGCCAGCAUGGAGAGCCUCACUCAAACGUCUCUUGCCUGGCUGGACCAGCACUGCUCCCUCCCGGCUCUUCGGCCCAGGAGCAGUCACGCAGUCCCAGGGGCCGUGGAAGGGCUGAGAGCAGGGAAGGGAAGAGCCAUCUCCCUCGGGGAAAGCUGUUCUGAGCUCUCUCCGCCAGCUGAGCAUUUCCACCUCCAUCCUGAGCGACCCAGCUUGUGUCCCUGAGCAGGCGACACAGGCGGUGACGGGAACAGGCCACAGCACAAGCUCCUCCUAGAUGCCCACGGCAAGGGGCCUUCCCAGCGGGAACAGCCUUGGCAAGACCCUUGGUCCUUCAAGACGAGUACUCACAACAUCAGUGAAUGGAGGAGGCCCAGGAAGAUGCCUCCAUGGCACGGGGCUGUGCUCGAGGCACCAGACAGUGACUGGUGGGAGCUUGGUGGGGGAGGACAUGGGCCUCCCUCUCCUGCAGACGCAGACUUCAAGAGUCCCGUCCUGGAGCUUGUACCCAGCAAGCCACAGAGGUGGGGCUGCUGCCUGCGCUGCGGGUGUCUCCGAGUGGUGCCCCGCCACCCCGGGGCCUGCUCAAACUCCAGAGCCGCCUCGUGACGCGUGGUGGGCAGCACGCAAGUGGCCGGGCUCCGCGUGGAGCCGCAAAGCUCCCUCAGCAACGCCGCCACCCUUCUCGCUCCGCCCGGGAGCCGCUGGUGGCGGGGCCAGGCUGUGCCGCUGCGCCUGCGCGAUAAAGGACUCGCUCUGCUUGCA